GGAGAAGUGUUAAGGCACACAGUUGGGAAAAGUGUACUCAACUAGUCAGGGAGAACUACAUCUAGCAAAAAACUAACAAAAAAAACUCCUCCGCCAUGAGUUCUGAAGCACGGGUGAGAAAAGAAAAUGCAGUUGGUUCUGUUUCAGCAAACAGGGAGUGGAGGGUGCGUUUUUAAACAUGCACACAAGGUAUUACGAACGCAGCCUUAUGUGUCGAGUGCAUCUUCUCCCCAGUGCUCCUUUAGGGAUGGAAAUAUUCACAGCGAACACGCGAGAGAGGUUUGGAAAGAAUGCCAAGAGCAGAGCUUCUGGUACAGAGCUCUUCCCUUCUCUUUGGGCAGCGUGGCCAUCACAGGGGCUCUCAUCUACAAUGAUAUUUGGAAAAAGUCAAAGCGAUUUGGCCCUUUUCCCAAACUAGCAGUGGCUGGAAUCCUCGGUUAUGCAGUGGGGAAGGCGUCCUAUGUUAGUACCUGUCGUCGCAAGUUCCAAGAGCUCGGGAUUGAACCGGCGUUUGGACCCUGGUCUGGUCCUGGACACAGAUCCUGUCAACAUGUGUGUGAAGAGUGUAAGAAAAACACAGAAGCCACACCUGCACAUUAAGGGACAAUGCAAGAGUACAUUUUCUGCUUCACUGAAGGGUUCUCAACAUGGACAAGGCAAGCAAUAUCUCAUGAGUCUCAAAUGCCUAAUAAUGACUUGGUUUGAUCUUUUACUGUAUGUGGUGUUCAUUCUUAAAAAUAAACAGCACGUAUCACUAGCAGUGGAAGAUGCAGUCAUUUCACUUGGUGUAUAAAUAUGGUAUCAUUAGGUUUUGUAGUGCAUUUGUUUAUAUUGUGUUCAUCUUGGUGGUUAAUGAAUACAAA